CUUUGUCUCGAGUAUGGAUCCAAUGGUGAAAUAUAGUUUUAAAAAGAAACACUAUAAAAACAUUGUGGGAGCUUCCAAGCAUUGAGCAGAGGGCAGAGGGUGGUUUGUGAUUGCUAACACACACUUGACUUAACUGAGUCCUCCAUGGCACAAAAGCUGUCUCUCCCUCUUAUCCUCCCAAACCCACCACCUUCAACACCCACAAAACCACCCUUCCCAACCCCCCCUUCUUCCUCUUCCAUAACCCCUCUUCUUCAAGACCUCUUUUUGAACCAAAACCACUCUUCUACACCCCAUCUACACCUCUCUCCCUCCACCCACCGUACACCCCGCUCUCCCCACCGCCUCUCCCCUCAAGCCCAUCGAAUUCUCCAAACCCUAAUCCACCCUUCCUUCGAUUCCAACCGCUUCCAGGAAAUCCUCCCCCUCCUCUUCGACCAACCCUCUUCCUCUUCCCUCUCCUGGGACAUUCUCGGCAUUAUCAAGGGUUUGGGGUUUAACAACAAAUUCGACCUCGCUUUGUCCCUCUUCGACUUCAUUCGUACCCGAAACGACCGCGUUUCGCUCCUGAACGGUUCCGUGAUCGCCGUGAUCGUCUCCAUUCUCGGGAAAACGGGUAGGGUUUCCCGCGCGGCGUCGCUGCUGCACAAUCUAGAAGCCGAUGGGUUUGAGGUAGAUGUGUAUGGCUACACCUCUCUCAUAACUGCUUAUGCUAAUAAUAAAAAAUACAGAGAUGCACUCAAGGUGUUUGGGAAAAUGAAAGAAGUGGGGUGUGAACCUACUUUGAUUACUUACAAUGCAAUUUUGAAUGUUUAUGGUAAGAUGGGCAUGCCCUGGGCUAAGAUCAUUGCUCUUGUUCAGGACAUGAAGUGCCAUGGCCUUGCCCCUGAUUUGUGCACUUAUAAUACUCUCAUAAGUUGUUGUAGGGCUGGUUCUUUGUAUGAAGAAGCUCUUGAUCUUUUUGAGGAGAUCAAAGUGGCUGGAUUUAGGCCUGACGCCGUUACGUAUAACGCGUUGCUGGAUGUUUAUGGUAAGUCCCGGCGGCCCAAGGAAGCCAUGGAGGUUCUGAAACAGAUGGAGAGUAACAGCUUUCGGCCUAGUGUUGUCACUUACAACUCGUUGGUGUCGGCUUAUGUUAGAGGCGGUUUGUUGGAGGAUGCCUUGGUGCUUAAAAGGAAAAUGGUGGAUAAAGGGAUAAAGCCUGAUGUUUACACCUACACUACACUUUUGUCAGGGUUUGUGAAUGCUGGGAAAGAAGAGCUUGCAAUGGAAGUUUUUGAGGAAAUGAGAAAGGUAGGUUGCAAGCCUAAUAUAUGCACCUUCAAUGCGCUCAUUAAGAUGUAUGGUGAUCGAGGAAAGUUUGAGGAAAUGGUGAAAGUUUUCAAGGAGAUCAAGGUGUGCAAGUGUUCUCCUGAUAUUGUUACUUGGAAUACACUUUUGGCAGUGUUUGGACAAAAUGGAAUGGACUCUGAAGUAUCGGGAGUAUUUGAAGAAAUGAAGAGGUCCAGGUUUGCGCCUGAGAGGGACACUUUCAACACUCUGAUAAGUGCGUAUGGCAGGUGUGGUUCCUUUGACCAAGCAAUGGCUGCUUAUAAGAGAAUGCUGGAGGCUGGAGUGAGUCCUGAUCUUUCUACUUACAAUGCUGUUUUGGCAACAUUGGCUCGAGGAGGGCUUUGGGAACAAUCUGAGAAAGUCCUUGCUGAAAUGAAAGAUGGUGGAUGUAAACCUAAUGAGGUAACGUAUUCUUCUUUGCUCCAUGCUUAUGCCAAUGGUAGAGAGGUCGAAAGGAUGAAUGCUCUUGCUGAGGAAAUAUACUCUGGCACAAUUAAAACACAUGCUGUUCUUUUGAAGACACUUGUUUUAGUAAAUAGCAAGGUUGAUCUCCUAGUAGAAACUGAACGUGCAUUUUUGGAGUUUAGGAAGAGAGGAAUCUCGCCAGAUGUAACUACUUCGAAUGCAAUGCUUUCAAUUUAUGGGAGGAAGAAGAUGGUACCCAAAGCCAAUGAGAUUUUAAACUUCAUGUAUGAGAGUGGAUUGACUCUGAGUUUGACUUCUUAUAACAGCUUGAUGUAUAUGUACAGCCGCACAGAAAAUUUCCACAAAUCAGAGCAAAUCUUCAGGGAAAUUCUGGACAAAGGUAUCGAGCCAGAUGUUAUCUCAUACAACAUAGUUAUUUAUGCAUAUUGCAGAAAUGACAUGAUGGACGAGGCUAAAAGGAUAAUUGAAGAAAUGAAAGUUCCUGCACCUGUUCCGGAUGUUGUAACUUACAAUACAUUUAUAGCAGCCUAUGCUGCUGACUCAAUGUUUGUGGAGGCUAUUGAUGUAAUUCGGUAUAUGAUCAAGCAAGGAUGUAAGCCAAACCAUAAUACUUACAACUCCAUCGUUGAUUGGUACUGUAAGCUCAAAUUGCGAGAUGAGGCAUGCAGUUUUGUUCAAAACCUUGGCGACCUUGAUCCACAAAUUUCUGAGGAUGAAAAGAGCAGGUUACUAGAGCGCAUAGCAAAGAAAUGGUCUCAAGUUGAUCCAUGAAUCUCUGGAGCCUUUACUGGAAAGCAUCUUGACCCACUUGUCAGCUACCCUUAGGUUCUAUUUAGAUAAACUUUUCAAUAAAUGCUUAUAAGAGGAGAAAAAAUUAAAAUUAAAAUGAAUUAAACCUUUUUUUUAUAAUUUGAAAUUAAUUUAUGCACUUCAAUUUUUGAAUGAGUUAAACGAGAGUAUAAAAAUUAAAAGUGCAUAAGUUGGCUUUAAUUUAUACAAAAAAAGUCAAUGCAUUUUAUCCUUUUAUUUUUUUUCCUAUAAAUACUUGUUGAAAAGUCUAUUCAAAUAGGGUCUUGGUCUUUUCCACCUUGCCUAUCCAUGUUGUGUAAAUGGCUUGGGAGGUAGGCAUACAGCCAGUGAAGUUAUAACUGGUUGUUAUUAUCUGUAGAAAAAGUCUGCAACAUUGUUUACUACUUUGUUAUACAAGGGGUGGGAAGUUACAGAGGGAGGAGGGAGGGGGUUCGAAUUUGUAGAUCAAUGAAUUGAAGAACACGAAAGCGAUGAGACAGAAAAAAAAUAACACACUCUUGGCCCAGAAACCUUUACAACAAAUAAGAUUUUUGUAUUCUCUUGAUUUUUGGAUCACCAUUAAUUAAAGAUUAUUCCUGCAGGCAA